AUGUCGUUCCAAUCGCUAUCUGCGAGUCUAGCGGCACAUCCUUUGUACACUUUUAUUGCAGCUGUGCUAGGGUAUGGAUUAGCUAUGCAGGCUAUUAGAAGUGGAACCCGAAAGCGCAAUCCUAAGAAUCUUCCUUUACCUCCCGGACCCAAAGGAUAUCCCAUAAUCGGAAACCUCUUCGAUGUCCCUCAGCCGAAGGAUAAACCGUGGAUUGUAUACGAUCAGUGGUCCAGAAAGUAUGGUGAUAUGAUUUAUUUCAAAGUCCUCGGUCAAUCGUUUCUGGUCCUGGGGUCAUUGCAGCGAACGACUGACCUUCUCGAUAAGAGAUCUUCAAACUACUCGGAUAGAAUGCGCAUGCCUAUGAUACUUGAGAUGAAUUGGGGUUACGACAUGGCGUUUCUUCCCUACGGACAAUGGUGGCGACGCCACAGAAAGGCAUUCAAUGAGCACUUCCAUCACAACAUUGUCAACAAGUACCAUCCAAUCCAGCUACGCGAAGUUCGAGCUUUGCUUAACCGCCUUCUUAUAUCACCAGAGGGCUUUAUGCAUCACUUACGGCACACUUUUGCCUCUACCAUCAUGAGUGUAGCCUACGGUAUCACCGUCGAAGACUCGUCCGAUCCAUACAUAUCCAAUGCAGAAGAGGCACUAAAUGGCCUUGUGGAAGCAGCAAUCCCUGGUGCAUUCCUAGUUGAUUUGAUUCCUGCUUUGCUCUACGUUCCGGCCUGGUUCCCCGGAGCCGGUUUCAAAAAGAAAGCUGCUUACUGGAGCAAGAUCAAUGAUGAUGUCAUCAACAAGCCGUUUGAAUAUAUCGAAAACGAACUUAAAAAUGGCAAAGCAUUGGUUCCAUCGGUAGCAACAUCACUCAUUGAACGACUGCCUGAAAAGAGAGAUCCUCUCUAUUCCGAGGAAAGGCAAAUUGCCCAGAACACGGCCGCAGUAGCAUAUAUUGGUGGAGCAGACACUACCGUAUCUACCGCACAGACCUUCUUUUUGGCCAUGGCACUGUACCCUGAGGUACAGAGAAAGGCUCAAGCAGAACUGGACAUUGUAGUCGGUCCCCAUCGUCUGCCAGACUUCAGUGAUCGUGAUUCACUACCAUACAUAAAUGCAGUGGUAAAAGAAAGCAUGCGCUGGAACCAGGUUGCACCCUUAGCUAUUGGCCAUAUGUCUACGGUGGACGAUGAAUAUGAUGGAUAUUUUAUUCCUCAAGGGACGGUGCCAGUGGUAUUGGGGAACAGUUGGUCUAUUUUGCAUGACCCAGAAGUGUUUUCUAAUCCAAUGGAGUAUGUGCCGGAGCGAUACUUGAAAGAUGGAAAACUGGAUCCCAAUGCAAGGCAACCAGAGUGUGCAGCCUUUGGAUACGGACGUCGUAUAUGUCCUGGAAGACAUUUGAGCGACGAUUCAUUAUACUUGAUUAUAGCUUCCGUAUUGUCAGUGUACAACAUAAAACCGCCCAUCGACGAAUUAGGGAACCCUCUAAAACUUGAAGCCGAGUUCACCAGUGGUUUUCUCUCGUAA